GGUAUGUAAAACUAAACCGGCUCUGCGGAGACGCAGAUACAACCUACAAAACGUCAUUACGUCAGUGAAUGGCCCGAAAUCUCUGGUUCACGGUAACAGCGGCAGAGUGAGAGCUCGCUGUGUGGCUGUGUGGCUCUCUCCACGGAGUCUGCAGAGCAGUGGAAUGAAACAGGACACCAAACAACCCGUUUACCAUAUAGCCUGUUUGAGUAUUUUGUUUGACUGGUUGGCAGGAGCAGAAACUUCCCAUUCAGCAGCCUACUCAGAGUAUUUGUUUUGAACAAGAGCCAAUUUUUUGUAGCCUUUAGAGAGAUUAGACGAGAACAUGCAUCCAGACUCCAGCACUGAGUUCGACUCAUCGUCCAGCUGUAGCACAGCAUCGCCUGGCGGGGACACCCCUGGGUGCAGCCAGCAUCUUCCUGACUCGCUUUCAUCAUCAGUGGACAGCGCCAAGGAUUACUGCCCCGUGCUGACAAUGAUCCUAGGCUACAGAUGCAAGACUCCAUGCAUCUAUGGGGAAUCUGUAAAGACAGCGCAAGCUCUUAUUUCAGGAAAUGAUAUUGAGACCGGUGCAGCAGACUCCUUUGUUCCGACUGUGACUGCAAUCUCAACCUCGCCGGAUCUAAGGUGGAUGGUGCAGCCGACAGUCCUCACAUCUGUCUCCCCGGCGUCCGGCCGUGCCAAGACUCGCGGCGCGACCCAGCCAUCUUCCCCGGCAGGUGCAAACAAGGCAAAGCCCUCCAACAGGAAAGGGCUGAAAGACAAGCCUUCCAAAGAGGAGGAAGAGAGGAGGAGAAUCAGGAGGGAGAGGAACAAAAUUGCUGCAGCAAAGUGUCGUAAUAGAAGGAGGGAGCUGAUCGACACUCUGCAAGCGGAAACUGACAAGCUCGAAGACGAGAAGUCCGCCCUCCAGACGGAGAUAGAUGACCUGCUGAAGGAGAAGGAGAGACUGGAGCAGGUCUUAGCCUCCCACAAAUCAUCCUGCAAACUCGCUGCAAAUGACAAUGGCGAUGAGGAGGAGGAGGAGGAGGAGGAGGAUAAUGAAGAUGAUGUUGACACAAUGCUGCAGGAUCCCCCGGCCUCCCCACAGCUGCUGUCCAUCUUAGAGAAUGGAAAAACCCCAGAGGGCAACACAACCAUUGGAGAAGCCGCCAUUGGUCAAGACAUGGACAGUGCACCUUGCAUCCCUGCUGCAGCCAUUUUGGGGAAUUCCAACAUCCUCCUGUGUUCCAGUGCAGAAGAGGAGGAUCUGGAGGACUUAAAAGGAGACGACCUGGAUGACUUGGUGCCCAGCCUAGAGAUGGCAGUGACUUCUGAGAUGGCUGUGUCUGUCCCUGACAUAGACCUGAGCGGCCCUUUCUGCCUCUCAGACUGGGAAACCCUGUACAAGUCUGUGGCAAACGACCUUGAAUCUUUGAGCACACCAGUCAUGUCUUCCAGUCCCACUUGUAGCAAUUUGCGCACAGUGUUUUCCUUUAAUUACUCUGAGAUUGAUUCCUUGGCUGAGGGCUUCGAGAGCCUCAAAGGCAGCCUCAGCACGUCUGAAUUAAUGAAAGAUAGUCUCAACUCUCCAACACUUCUGGCCUUGUGAAUGCAAAGAAGUUAUGCAAUGAUACUGUAAUUAUAUUCUAACCAGCCAGCAAGCUAUGAUCUCUCUCUCAAAUAAUCUUUUGUAGUGUGAGUUGUUGAUGUUGUGAAACUAAACAUCAAAGGUUGUGUAGAUGACAUGUUUUUCUGUGACUGUAAUGGGGUUGACUUCUUCCAUACUGUUGGUGCAAUUCUCUGAGAUGAGAAACUUUGUGCUGGUAACAAAAAUGCAUGCAAAUCCAAGUCAUCCGUAAUCCAAGAAGCGGUGGUAUCUUGUGUUUUUAAAAAUCCCUAAAUGUGAUGUGACGUUAGAUCAUGCUUGUAUAUGUAAUAUUGUUGACAAAGUUGUGUUGUAACACGUGAAAAUAGCAGGGUUACUAAUGUGUAGUGUGUAGGUGUAACAUCUUGCUGUAAGGUGUCCCCUAACUUGACAUGUCCUUGCGAGUGUUUCCAUAAAAAAAGAUUGCGUCAUGUAUUUUAUCAAGAUGUAUUUUAUGACAUAGUUUAUUUUUUUACUUAUCAAAGAAUAUCAGAUGCAAAAAAUUGUAUAACGCUGGA